AGGGGGAUGUGACAGUGGAGGACCAGGGGCCACAUCUCUGACAGAGAGAGUUCCUGGGGCAGGAUUUGCCAGCUCCCGUCUCUGCUGCGCCGUCCCAGCAGCAGUGAGUUUAUUCCGAGAGCCGGGACAUGUUGCAGGAUCCAGGCUCACAAGAUCGCGGUGAACUUUUUAAACACAGCCCCGUCUCCAGCGCAGCGGAAAGAUGCAGAGCCCGUGGACCGGGAACGCUGGCAACUUUCUCCGGACUUUGACAACUUUAAUUGCCUUUGUGCUGACUGAGGAAUUCACUGGAGUUCAGGGCAAGGAGCAGAAGCGCUUCAGCCUGCAAGAGCCGCGGGCCUUGCCUGAGCCUGAGCUGGUACACCCGGUCAGAGUGGACCCCCUCGGCCGCUUCCUGUCUCACCAGCUCUCCCACCGCCCGAGGAAGCGGCCCCGCCGCCAGCUGCAAGCCGAGCCCGAGCCCGUCCACUACCGCCUCUCCCUCCGGGGCCGCCUGCUCCACUUCAACCUGACCAUCAACCAGCCCCUCCUAGCCCCCGGCUUCCUGGCCGAGCGGCGCUAUGGGGGGCUGAAGGGAGCUGCCAUCAGCCGGGUCCGGAUCAACCGCUGCCACUUCGUGGGCACAGUCCAUGCUGGCAGCAGUGGGAUGGCGGCCAUCAGCACCUGCCAGGGCCUGAAAGGUGUAUUCCGAUUGUCAGAUGAGGAUUACUUCAUCGAACCGUUGGAGGGACAAUCCUGGGAUGAAGAUAGAUCACAGCCCCAUGUUAUUUACAAACGGCAUGCUCCAGAAACAAAAGGAUUGGAGUCCCACCGGUUGGAUGAAUUGAUGGAGAGAUCAAAGAACAAGAGUCCUGAAGAAAAUAGAGUGUGUGGUGUAUCAGACUCCCUGAAGAACCUGCAGUACUUGGAAAGGAAACGGGAAAAGUGGGAAAAGAAGAAACAGCGAAGGAGACGCAUCAAACAGCGUUCAAUCAGCAAGGAGAAGUGGGUGGAGACUCUGGUCGUGGCGGAUUCUAAAAUGGUGGAGCACCACGGCAGUGAGAACAUUGAAGCAUAUGUCCUCACUGUGAUGAACAUGGUCGCAGGCUUAUUCCGUGAUGCCAGUAUCGGGAACUCUGUGAACAUUGUCAUUGUCCGUCUUGUGCUAUUGGAGGAAGAUGAGGAGGACCUCAAGAUAACGCAUCAUGCUGACAACACGCUGAUGAACUUCUGCAAAUGGCAAAAGAAAAUUAACACAAAGGGAGAUAAUCACCCCAUCCACCAUGAUGUGGCUCUUCUGCUGACAAGGAAGGAUAUCUGUGCUGGAAUGAACCGUCCAUGUGAGACCCUGGGAUUGUCACAUGUUUCCGGGAUGUGCCAACCCCACAGGAGCUGCAGCAUCAACGAGGACUCGGGACUCCCACUCGCGUUCACCAUUGCACAUGAGAUCGGGCAUAACUUUGGGAUACAACAUGAUGGGACCGGCAAUGACUGUGAGCCAAUUGGGAAAAGACCUUUCAUCAUGUCCCCACAGUUACUGUACGAUACCAGCCCUCUAACCUGGUCCCGCUGCAGCAGGGAAUAUAUCACCCGCUUUCUUGACCGUGGAUGGGGCCUAUGCCUGGAUGAUGUGCCGAGUAAGGAAGUGAUUGAUUUGCCCUCAGUAGCACCAGGAGUUUUGUAUGACGUCAAUCACCAGUGCAGGCUGCAGUACGGAGUCCGAUCAGUCUUCUGCGACAACAUGGACAGUGUCUGCAAUACGCUGUGGUGUACCGUGGGAAACACGUGUCACUCCAAGCUGGAUGCCGCUGUAGAUGGUACAAAAUGCGGAGAGAACAAGUGGUGCUUCGAUGGAGAUUGCAUACCCACAGACCAGCGCCCUGACAGUACCGAUGGAAACUGGGGAGCAUGGGGUUCGUGGUCUUCCUGUACUCGCACGUGCAGUGCAGGAAUACAAAGUGCAGAGAGACAUUGCAACAAUCCAACGCCCAAGUAUGGAGGCUCAUACUGUCUCGGAGAGAGGAAGAGAUUCAGGGUCUGCAACGUCAAAGCUUGUACCUCAGACGUGCCAACCUUUCGUCAGAUACAAUGCAGCCAGUUUGAUACAUUACCUUACAAAGGGAAACUGCAUAAGUGGACCCCUGUGCUCAGCCAAAUUAAUCCCUGUGAGCUGCACUGUCGCCCCAUAGAUGGUUACUUUUCAGAGAAAAUGUUGGAUGCUGUGAUUGAUGGGACGCCUUGUUUCGAGGGAAACACCAGCAGGGAUAUGUGCAUCAACGGAAUCUGUAAGAAUGUAGGCUGCGAUUAUGAAAUCGAUUCCAAUGCGUUGGAAGAUCGUUGUGGAGUCUGUCAUGGAAAUGGGUCUACCUGUGAGACAGUCAAGAAGACAUUCGAUAAAACAGAAGGACUGGGCUAUGUGGAUAUUGGGCUGAUUCCUGAAGGUGCCCGUGAGAUCCGAAUUGAGGAGGUUGCAGAAGCUGGGAAUUUCCUAGCCUUGCGGAGUGAUGAUCCCGAGAAGUAUUUCUUAAAUGGUGGCUGGAUAAUCCAGUGGAAUGGAGACUACAAAGUAGCCGGGACAACAUUCACCUACGAAAGGACAGGGAACCUGGAAAAUCUGACAUCACCAGGACCUACCAAGGAGCCAGUGUGGAUUCAGCUGCUGUUCCAGGAGACAAACCCUGGGGUGCGUUUUGAAUACACUAUUCGACGUGACCUGGAUGAUGAAAAUGAAAUUCCACCACCGGAGUUUUUCUGGAGAUACGGCUUGUGGACGGAGUGUAGCGCAACCUGUGGUGGUGGGGUGCAGAGGCAGAUUGUGCAUUGUUUGGAGAAGAUAGCAGGAAUCGUCCAAGAGCAAUACUGCGAGCUGCUCACACGACCCGACGACAGGCAGAGGAGCUGCCACCCAGAGCCAUGCCCAGCUCGAUGGUGGGUUGGUGAGUGGCAGGCAUGCUCCUCAUCCUGUGGAGAAAUGGGAACCAUGAAGAGGACAGCUCUCUGCAUCCAGAGUGUGGGGCUGGAUGAGCAGCGGGCAUUACAACCCUCUGACUGUCAACACCUGCCCAGACCUGAAACCACCAGCCCUUGCAACAGGGAGAUCCCCUGCCCUUCAGACUGGAGUACGGGCAGCUGGACAGAGUGCUCUGUGACCUGUGGGGAGGGAUUGAGGAGCCGUAGUGUCCUAUGUUUAAACAACACCAACAUGACAUGCAGCUUUGAGACGAAGCCAGCUGCGAAAAGCCAGUGCCAGCUGAAGCCUUGUCCACUGCAUAGGUCAGGCUUCAGACCCCAUGACUGGUCAGGCAGUGGGGCCUCCAGCAAAGAACUCUAUAAUGAAGUGGGUUUCAAUCUAAACUUUGGGCCCAGCAGGGCAGGUCAGGAAGACAAUUCAAACCAAAUUCUUAACCUUGCCAACCCUCAUCCAUCUGAUCUCAAUACACCCCUGCCACACCCAUCUGAACAUAACAAGAUAAAUAACCACAUCGUUGAAGAUGAUUUCACUGUUCACAGCAGCCAGGAGGAGAAUUCUGCAAAAACUAAUGUCUUUGUAGAUGACUUCUAUUAUGAUUAUAACUUCAUAAACUUCCAUGAAGACCUUGACUAUGAUCCAGAAGACAGGCUCGAAGAGGAAGAGUGGACAGGAGAGGACAUUAAACAUGAUGAAGAGCAUCUGGAAAUAAAUAACAUUUCAAACAAUGGGUUGGACAAUGUUGUGUCAACAGCCACAACCAAUCAAAAUCCCAACAGUCAGGUGGAAAUAGAAACGCCUCAUAAUCCAGCUGUAAAUUCUACCUCAGGAGCAAACGCCACGGAUAUUGAGCUGCGUGAACUUCCUAUAGAGUAUCUCCGAGUGACAGAUGGUAGUCCAAUUACAUUGUAUGACAUGAACAAUGAAGAUGAUGAGGAAGAACUGUAUGAGGAAGAUGAAUUGCUGCCCAUUCAAAACACAACAAAGCACAGUGUUAAGGAAAUUGCAUCUCCAGGUUUUCCAUCAACUGAUGAUGAGAGGAGCAUUGAUCACACGAACAGAACCCACAGUCCUCAUUAUUACAGUUCCUCAUCAAUUACAAUGGCUACCUCAUCAACAAAUAACAAUGUAAACAUCCCCAGUGCUUUCAAAUCCUGGCAGCAACGCCAUCCCGAAGAAAAGCAGAAUAUUACUGACCACAACUUGAGUCAUCGUGUUCAAAAUAUUACUGAGCAGGAGAAUCCAUUUGACGUUGAAGUGGCAGGUUAUACACAUCCAGCAGACAGUAGGGAACAAGGAAAAGGCCAAGACUCAAAGGGGCAUAUGGAUGACAUGAAGGAAAAUCCAUUGGAGGGAGAACGGAGAGUUCAGAAGGACGAGCAGGAGAUUGUAAAUAAGAAGGCCCACUUCCCCAGCAGCACACUGGGCAAUAGCCAUUAUCUAGGUGAUGUGGUCCAUGUGGUUGACAGUCCAUAUCCACAGCAUGAGAUCCAUGAUCAAGACAUUGAUGUUAUUAAUAAAAAUCUUAACUCUUGGGAAAGCUUUGGCACUUUCAACUCUAUCACUGGAAUGUUAACUACACCACCAUCAUUCUUCAUUGAUCAAAAUGAUGUUCCUGUUUCGGAAAUGUUACAUUGGUCAGUUCACCAAAAACAAACUGAAGCUAAUUCACCAGGAAAGCAUCAUGUAGGCAGUUCUUCAGAGUUACCAGGAAACAUCAUCCAGCCAGAUGACUUUGAGUAUGAUAACACUCGAGCAAAUGUGCAAUCCCCCAGUUAUUCUGUUACAACAAAAACUCCACCUUUAUCGGCCCCAGUAUUAGCCACUUCCUCACCCCUGGUGUUCUCCAAAGCGACAGGAGUGUCGACAACACCAGUGGCUUUCACAGACCAGCCAAAUCUGGAUCAUCCGCUACAAACUCAGAGUACAAGUGACAGAACCCAAUCUCACAAUUUGCUGCCAGUUGAGGUAACCCACUCUGGUCAUUCAUUUACUCAUACAGUGACUCCACAGUCUAGCCUGUCAACAGGAUCAUCAUUGACACCAGCAAGUCUACAUCAACAGGGGACACGACUGGGAAAAACUCCAUCAUCCAGAUCUAUAGCAGUGAGCUCCACACGAACUACUACCUCUUCAGGUAAAGGUAUCUCCAGACCUAACCUGUCAGCAGCUACAUCACCAAGACCUACCUCAGCUUUAAGUACAUCACUGAUAUUAACAAAGGAGACUCAACAAUCAUCCACUGCCCUCCCUGUGAUCAUUCCUCAGGCUUCCAUCUCUUUGCCACCUGGGAUAAUUUCAACAACUGUUCACUCCAAAGUAAGUGCAAAGGGAGCACCCCUGCUGGAUGUGACCAGAUUGAAUUCUGAGGACAGAGCAGAUGAAGACACUGUGAAAAUUGGCGAAAUUGAUCAAGGGGUUGCUGAGUUUGAUUUCAGUAAUGGCUCUCUUCCAGCCACUGUGAGCAACAAGCCAUUGGCAGCCCCUGAAAUGCAUCUCCCGACUGUCUCCAAUCUCAAGCCUUUGCUAAAGAACGCGAUGGAGGUUCAUGCAGCUUCGACAGUGUCACUGAUGGAAACAGCUGCUAAUCAAGUCUCUGGAGUAAAUACAGAAUCCAGUGCUUACUGGGUGAUUGGAAACUGGAGUGAGUGCUCAACCACAUGUGGAAUGGGUGCGAUAUGGAGAACAGUACAUUGCAGUACAGGCUUAGACAAUGACUGCAACAGGACCAAGAGGCCAGUUCCAGCUCGAAGAUGCUACAUCCGACCCUGCUCAGCAUGGCGUGUGGGCAACUGGAGCAAAUGCUCCAGGAACUGUGGAGGUGGGGUGAAGAAACGGGAUGUCCACUGCAUUGAUAUCAGAGAGAGAAGACAUCUGAGACCGUUCCACUGCCAGUCCGUCCUCAACAAGCCCCCGACCAGCCUCGCCUGCAAUUCCAAACCUUGUAUGGACUGGUACAUAUCAGCCUGGGGAGAAUGCUCUAAAGCCUGUGAUGGAGGACAGCAAGACAGACUAGUCAUGUGCCCAGAACAUGGGCGCUGCGAUGAAAUGUUACGGCGGAACAGUACCAGGAUGUGCAAUGUCCACCCGUGUACCAAGUGGAUGAAGGGCUCUUGGGGGCGGUGCACAGUCCGCUGUGGUGGAGGGAUACAGCGCCGUCUGGUGAAGUGUGUAAACACAGUGACAGGAGAGGCUGAGGAAGACAGCAGCCGCUGUGACCAUGAGCCCUGGCCUGAGAACACACAGAAAUGUAACGUGCAGGAGUGUGACACCAGCAAUCAGAGUCAUGUCUGUGAGAGAGAUCGGUUGACAUUUGCCUUCUGCCAAACCCUUAAACUUUUGGGCCGGUGCUACCUUCAAACAGUGCAGGCACAGUGCUGUCAAACAUGUUGGUCACAUGGGGUACGAGAUCGUGGCAAUGAACGUGUGUCAAGGAGAUGAGAAACUGACACCAACACAACAAAAACAAACUCCUCAAAAAAAUGCAUGGAAACGAAGAGAUUACUGGGACUGAAAGGCACAAAAGCAAUUCAGGAAAAAGAGAGAUUUGUAAGAAGUCAUUUGUUCUAUAUAUAUACGUAUAUAUAAGGAAGAAUCUUUCUUGCAGUAUAAAAUAAAAACCGAAAGAACUGCGGAUACUGUAAAUAGGGAACAAAAGCAGAAUUUGCUGGAAAAGCUCAGCGGGUCUGAUAGCGUGUGUGAAGAAAAUCAAAGUUAACGUUUCGGGUCUAGCAACCCUUCCUCAGAACUGUUCUGAGGAAGUGUCACCAGACCCGAAACGUUAACUCUAAUUUGUAUUCACGGAAGCUGCAAGACCCUGCUGAGCUUUUCUGGCAACCUCUGUUUUUGUUCUUUCUUUCAGUGUUUUUGUUUAUGCAGCCAUUUUGACAGGACAACAAUCCUAACAGUGUCAGGAUUGCUCCACAAGGUCUGAGGCCUAGUGGUUGCUAUAGAUACAUAGCGUAUUUUCUACUAAGUGGUGCUUCUAAUCUUUAAGAAUGACACCUCUCCCAUUAAUAAUACAGGCACGUGUCUCCUGAAAGCAGCUUGGCAAGUUCCAUUUUUGCGAGUUUUCUUAAAUUGCAAACGCUGCAUUUAAUGGCACAAGUGGUGGGAUGGCAGAAGAUGCCACUGUGGUGCUGCUGUGUCGGACCAGCAUCCUUUAACCUGUCCUUGGUGUUGCUGCAGGGCAGCACAGAACUUUUACAUACUUGAAUUUUUUAAUCCUAUUUUAUUUUCAUUUUUCCAAAGUCUAGGUGGGAGAUUAUGUGUCAUUCUGACUAAUGUACAAUGUGGAGGGGCUGGAGUCAUGGUGCUAAUUGUCAGUAAAAACGGUUGUACAGCAAAUUGUAAGGUGCUGCCAAACAAUACAAUACGAUACACACAGGUCAUGUUCCUUCUAUUGAAUGUGUGAGUGAACGUAGCAAUGGCAAUAUUAAAUGAAGACAUUUGCGAUAUUAGUCACCUAAAAUACCUGUCGAUGUCAUUUUCGCCUCCGCUAUGGAUUCUCUGCAGGAUUGUACAAAAUGACAUUUUUCCCUAAACAUUAUGUCAGGUUACCACCUCAUUCCUUGGUUUCAAUCUCUCUGUGUAACACCCUACCACAAAAUAGCUACUGUCUGAGCUUGCCUCACCCAAAGUAAUUACAUUGCCGCUCGACAUUGUCUGCCUCCUCUCCCAUAUCUCUGUCACAGGCAGUGCUCCGAGCUCAGUCAGCAACAGUCUUUUCAGAAUGGAGUCUUUACUGAAGUGCCUCUCAGCUGGAUGCCUGUUGUGUUUGU